UUUCCUUGACACACCACACCUGAGAUCUGAAGCAGGUAGAAAUCAGGUGAAUGUGUUGCUCUUGACAACUUUCGACAGGAAACCCCCGUGAACGAUUUUUUUUUUAAUGUAUAGGAAACAAUGCUAAGUGACUGAUCAAGUUAUUUACCAGCCAGUUCGACUGACAUUACAGCUAAAGUGGAUUAACGAGUUUUUAAGAAAUAUAUACCUCAUACCAGGAUACUUUUAAAUUCUACAAAAAUGGACUCGUGGUGUUUUCUUUUCGUUGCCUUGGCUUUUAUUCUUGGUGUUCAUGGCGGCGAAACAUCAUCAGCACCGGGCCAGUGUGUAAAAUCUUUCAGAGAGGGUCGGGAAGACUUUGUUCUCGACACGGUGGAGUCGAUCGAGGAUGGGGCCGUGUUCCUGUCAAACCGGAGCGUCGCGCACAGGAACGCGUGCAUUGCGGCGUGCUGCAGAGAGCCCAUAUGCAACUUGGCUCUCGUAGAAGACGAACGCGAGAAGGGAUCCAACUACAGCUGCUUUCUCUUCAACUGCUUAUAUAAGCAAAAAUAUGUCUGUCGAUUUAUUCAGAAGAAGAGGUUCAGAAAUUAUAUACUGGAUUCAGUUUAUGAUUAUUUCCUGAGUGGGCGCAAAAGUGAUGGGAAGGACAGUCCACCCAUUGCCAAUGCGGGACGGGAUGUGGUGGUCCAGCCUAAUGGGGAGGUAUUGCUGAACGGCAUUGAGAGUUGGGAUGAUAAGAAAAUCAUCAGCUACGAAUGGAGUCUCGUCAGUGGAAAUAAAUCCGUCCAUGUAGAGAAAACGAAUCUGCCUGACCAGGUGAAGGUGUCCAGGUUGGUGCCUGGGGUGUAUAAGUUCAAACUGACAGUGACCGAUUCAGGACACCAUUCUGAUUCUGCUAAUGUCACUGUUUUGGUUCUCACUCCUGAGCAAUCUGCACGUCGCUGUUUGAUCCCUAAAAACGCUGGACCCUGCCGAGGUUCUUUUCUUCGUUGGCAUUACAACGCUGCAUCCAGCAAGUGUGAGGAGUUCAUCUUUGGAGGGUGUAUAGAGAAUAACAACAACUAUCUCUCUGAACAGGAGUGUUCUAAUGCCUGUAAAAACGUGACAGUAAAACAUGGAGAUACGAGAAUGCCGCACAAUGAAGACUGUAAUUCGGCGUGCAAAGAAGACGAAGUGAAAUGCUCUAACGGCUGCUGUGUGAAGAGCGAGCUCGAGUGUGAUGACCAGCAGCAAUGCACCAAUGAUUCUGAUGAGGAGAACUGUGAACAAUUGAAUAAUGGCCUGACUCGACUUCUAAGGAUUGAGGGGAAUAAGAGAGCACACUGCACAGAUCCAUAUGCUGUGGGCCCAUGUCGAGCCAGUUUUCCUCGUUGGUACUAUGACCCUCUUAACGAAAAGUGCCAUCGCUUCACAUAUGGGGGCUGUGAUGGCAAUAAGAACAACUUUGAGACAUCAGACAACUGCAUGAGCAACUGCUCAGGUGUCUCAGAAAAUGAUGUGUUUGCCAGAGGAUUGCUUGUAGGCGAGGACAGGGAGGAACUAGGAGAAAGCCAGUCAGCUUCUGUUGCCCUAGCUGUGGUUUUAGUUGUCGCCGUCUUGGCCGUUCUGGCUGUGUUGGGUUACUUUUUCCUCAAGAACAAGAGAAAAAGCCAUCAGUCGGUGGCCACCAGCAGUCCUCCAGUGGUGUACAGUGAUGAAGACCAACAGCUGGUCUACAACACCACCACCUCCAAAGCAUGACAAAAUCUUUAAAAACAACAAACUUUAACAUCUUUUCUACCAUGUGGUCUUACCCUCAGACUGAUGCUGACUGCAGUGUAGAAUGGGCCGAAUUAAUAACUAAAAACUAAGCUGUUCAGGGUUCCCGACCUUUACGUAAA